UGAGUUAGUGCUUGGGUUUAAUUGUGUUUCGCAGGUGUGCAUGUUUGGGUGGAAUUAAUUAACCGUGCAUAUGUGAAACACCGUUUAUCCAUUGAAUUUUGUGUCUUGAUAAAAAUCGAUAAAAUUUGAGCACUAAUUGUGUUAAACAGACUGAACCAAGGAUCGACUUAACAUGGCUACACUUGAAGAUAAAAUUCUGGGCGAAAAGCUGGAAUACUAUUGCAGCAGUAGUGAGGGCGAGAGUGAUGGCGAACAAGAUGGGGGUGAGAAGACAAGUUCGAGCAAGGGCGGCGGAAGCUCCAAGUUGCAGUUUAUUUCGGAAGACAAAAUCAAGGAGCAAAGCCAUUGGUCGGGAAGUGCGGCCAAUACGGGACCUAAGGGUGUAAUCCGAGAUUGGCAACGGUUCAAGCAGCUGGAAACCGAGCAACGGAAUCAUCAGGAGCAAGAAAAGUUGGAACUGAUCAAAAAGCUGAGUAUAACUGCCCGUACCAGCCGGGAGGACGAAGAAGCCAAGAAACAGCAACAGUUGGACGACGAGAUGGCAGAGCUCAUGAGCGAUGACUUCCUGCAGGAGUAUCAGAAAAGGCGAAUAGCUGAAAUGUUGGCGAUUACAGGAAACCUCCCUACGUUUGGCACGCUGGCCGAGCUAAACAGUGGCGAAGAAUUCUUGAAGAUGGUCGACUCUGAGCAGAAAACUGUGACGGUCAUAAUCCAUGUGUACAAUCAGAAGCUUCCGGCUUGUGCCAAAAUGAACGUUGCGCUGAACGAACUGGCCACGGAGUACACCCACGUGCGGUUCUGUAAAAUGUUGAGCUGCGUGGCGGGACUUAGCAUGACGUUCAAAUCCAACGGCGUUCCGGCUCUGCUGGUGUACAAGGCCGGAAACAUGAUUGGAAACUUCGUUCGGGUCACAGAUGAUCUCAGCGACGAAUUCAACAGCUCGGACGUAGAAAGCUUUCUCAUCGAGGUUGGAAUGCUUCCGGACAAGUCCUGCGUGCCAGUCAUUAUGAACGGCGGAAGUUCAAACUGAAUGCGUGGCAAUCAACAGGGGGUUUCUUGUUCCUUAACAGGAUUUCACAAAUCAAAUUUAACAAUUUAAGCAUUUAUUUCGGAAAAAUCUCUUUUUGUAAAACCACAACAAAACAUUUUAAAUACAACCACUAAAUAUAUAUUUUUAUCAUUAA